CUUGGUUGGCGAUUCCGGUUUUGACAGCUGUUUGUUUACAUCGCAUACCAACCGGUAUAAACAAAGCGUACUCUCCGCGUAUUUCAUUGUAUUCUACAAAAUUUUACUCAUUUUAAGAUGAAACUGUACGCACUGAGCGGUGAUCCGGCAAAACCGUGCUACGUGCUCAGCUACAAGGGGCUGAUGAUUAUGCUGGAUUGUGGCCUCUCGAUAAGCUCGGUCCUGAACUUUCUACCGCUGCCACUGGUGCAAAGCCCGAAGUUUCAGUGUUUGCCCAAUUGGAACUGUCGCGACUCUGAUAUUCAGCUUGAAGAUGGGGAGAUAAAAGAAUGCUGCGGUUGUGCGUUCGUCAAUUCUGCUCCGGAGUUUGUUCCACCGUUGGAAAAGUUGAUCGAUUUCUCCGAGAUCGACGUGAUUCUCAUCUCGAACUACACAAACAUGCUUGCGCUACCGUACAUCACCGAGGGAACCGGAUUUUGCGGGACGGUUUAUGCUACCGAACCUACGCUUCAAAUUGGUCGUUUCUUCCUCGAAGAGCUGGUGGAAUACAUCGAAGCAUCACCGAAAGAAAGCACCGCUAGAAUGUGGAAAGAGAUCCAGCACCAGCUACCGGUACCGCUGAACGAUGUGUUUAAGCCUAAGAACUGGCGCCAUCUGUUCAGCAUGGAUGCGGUGAACAGAAGUUUGGCACGUGUGCGAAUGACCGGGUACGACCAGAAGCUGGACAUAUUUGGUGCACUGCAGGUAACACCGAUUAGUUCCGGCUUCUGUCUUGGUUCGAGCAACUGGACGAUCGUGUCGGGACAGGAGAAAAUUUCCUACAUCAGUGGUUCGUCCACACUAACCACACAUCCGCGCCCGAUCAAUCAAACUGCACUUAAGUACUCCGAUGUGGUGAUUAUGACCGGGCUGACACAAGCACCCCACGUGAAUCCGGAUGCAAUGCUGGGAGAGCUGUGCAUGAACGUGAUGAUGACGCUACGGAAUGGUGGAUCAGUGCUGAUACCCUGCUACCCGUCCGGUGUGGUGUACGACCUGUUCGAAUGUCUCUCGGUCAGUCUGGACAAUCAAGGCUUCACGCAAAUACCGAUGUUUUUCAUCUCACCGGUCGCCGAUAGCUCGUUGGCCUACUCAAACAUCUUAGCCGAGUGGCUCUCAACGUCCAAGCAAAACAAAGUUUACAUUCCGGAUGAACCAUUUCCGCACGCAAGCUUGGUAAAGAAUGCAAAACUGAAGCACUUCAAGCACAUCGACUCGGAGGGCUUCAGCACCGAGUUCCGACAGCCUUGCGUAGUGUUCUGCGGUCAUCCAAGUCUGCGGUUCGGUGAUGCGGUACAUUUUGUAGAGCUGUGGGGCUCGAAUCCACUGCACACCAUUAUCUUCACCGAACCGGACUUCCCGCACAUGCAGGCACUCGCACCGUACCAACCGUUAGCCAUCAAGACGGUCUACUGCCCGAUAGAAACAUCCCUAAACUUCCAGCAAGCGAACAAGCUCAUAAAGGAACUGAAACCGGGCGUGCUGGUAAUACCGGAAAAUUACACCCAACCGCCAGCGAUAGCACCCCAAAAAUUGGAUCUCGUCAUUGACCCGAUACCGGACAAAAUGAUCAUCAAGUUCAAGCGGGGUGAAGUAAUCAAGCUGCCGUUAAAGCGAAAGCGCGGACGCGUCUACCUUAACCCUAAAAUGGCCAAGGCAAUAGUACCGCAGGAAGUGCAACCCGGUGUUACCGUUUCCACCGUUACCGGUUUGCUGCAGGUGAAGGACAACAUACACGAUCUACUCCCACUGGAACCGACCAGGGAAGAGCUGGCCGACGAACACAAAUCGAAGCCUUCCGGUCCACCCCAACCGUACAGCCAGCUGCGAACCGUGCGCUACGAAUGGGGAACGCUUGACAUUAACCUGCUGCUGAAAAAGCUCGCCCAGGAUGGUUUUACCGAUCUGAAGGUGGAGCAGGGUAGUGCGGAGGAAGUGACGCUUGUGCUACCGUCCGAAGAUACGAUCAUAAAGGUGAGCGAGAAAAGUACCGAGAUUGUCUGUGGUGGCAAGCAAAGUCUUCGGUUAAAGUUGCGCGAUUUGUUGCUACAGUGUGUGCAAAGUUUUUAAACGGUACGAGUCGGCACAAAUACUAUAAGCUGUAUAGUGUAACAAUUGUAAUAUGAACGAAUAAAUUUUCGACGCAGAUAUUAAGCCUGAGUUGGCUGAUCAUGUGUA